AACCUUCCCUCAGGGCCAUGGCCACUCCGGGUGUGGCCAAUAUCCUACCAGUUUGGUCCCAACCCCAUUGCCUUGAAUCAUUCUGGUUUCCGAGUGACCAUUCUAACAAUGUUCUUUAGAACAGAAUUCCUCCCAAGGUGGUGCACAACCUGUGUCUUUCAAUGUGUGUAUGUGUGUGUGAGCAAUAAAAUUACCACCGUCGAUCCGUCUCUGACGGAUUUUCGGUCAAAACUAACUGUUCAGAGGCUAUCUGUUAGCUUAUAUAGUCCGCAUGAAAUGUGGCAACAUGGUGCAAAUUUUGCCUCGUCUCCUGCUUUCUUGGAACUGUCACGCGAGAAUGUUGCACCAUUGUUGCCACACUUCAUUCGUUGCUGACCCCUUCCGCAGUACCAAGCAUGCAACAUUUUCGUAACGCGCGACAUUUUUCGUUUUUCUGGAUUGACACCUCACCAGAAUAGAGCCCUUAGGACAAAGUUCUUUGUCAAAAUCUUCAGGUAAUACAAAUUUUGUUUUUAUUUAUUUUAUAUAUAUCAUCCGACCAACUGCUUGUCCAUUCGAAGGCGAUUUGAUUACAGAUUUCAAACUAGCUAGCUCAACAAUCUCUAUUUUUGAGCCUUUUCUUUUAGACAUCGUUGCACUUUUUGGAUGUUUCGAAAUCGUAAACUUCUAAUAAUCGUCAAAGGCAAAAUAUACCGCAAUUUGUUGUAAGGAAGUUUUUUUAUAUUUUCGGCAGAUUAAAAUAUUUUGUAUGGAAUGAAAAAUAAUCGUGAUCAUAGGGCUACGAAAAAACUUCAAAUGUUUUCUUUUUAAGCUUGUUUGAUAGUAUACAAAAGUGAAAAAACAGUUCCCAAAAUCGAUGAAUUGUCUAAGUGUAUUGUUCUUCCUGAAAUCUAUACUUGACUAAGUUAAAAAAAGUCUUAUAUUUUUUCUAGAAGAGUUAAAAUCCCAGUCUUGAGUUUGGUAUGAUACCAAAACUAGAAAUAAAUUUCAAUUACAUAACAUAACAGAUGACAAUUCAUGGAGGAACAAAUUUAUCGAAAUUUGUAUUCUCUUACAUACGCUCUGAUAAUAUGAUAUCUAUUGUUAAUCACAUAUUACAUUUAAUUUUAUAUCUCGAAAUAAAUAUCGAAAUAUAUCUUGAAAAUUAUAAUAAACAUGCCAAGAACGCAGCGCAGCGGAUAGCAAACGAAAACGACGACGACGACAAAAGUCCAAGCAGAGAAACAUCGCGCGCUUGUUGGUAAGCAGGCAGGCAGGCAGCAAGGCAGGCAAGCAAACUCGGGAGAGAGUUUAAACCUGAGAGAGAGCACGUGCGUGUACGAAUUGGAAUUAAACAUCGUUGUUAGGUAGCCCCUUACAGCUGGCCGCGCAAAAAUGGUCAGAUUUGGGCGCUAAUAACUUCGCGGGAAAAAAUCCUAAAAAUAUGGUGUCUUUGGGAAAGUUGUUCUAAAUAUAAUGAAGGUUCUACAUUUGAGAAAUGGUAAGCAUCGGAUAACUAUGGCGCCUUCCACAGGUAAAAAAGUAAAACAGUUGCUUUUCUCCAUACAUUUUAACGAUUUUUCCCAUACAAACUUUGAGCGAUUGGAGGGAGGGGUUCCCGUGGUCAGAAUGAGCUCAAAUUUGGAAUUUAGCCUAGUGAUGGGUCAAUCUUUGAUUUCAGGGGGUAGCCCCAAAAAAGUCCAGAUUUGGACCACCCUACUAAAUAUGUAUUAUAAAUGAAGGGUCUAAAAAUGAUUCUCUGCGAAAAAAAAUAUUUUCAAAAUCUUAGAUCUUAGCUAAUUAUCGUAGCUGGUCCUAUAAGUGAUCGAAGAAUUUUUAUUGAAAGAUUUCCUUUUGACAGUUAAAACUCAAGAUACCUUGUAUCUCCUCUUUCAUGCAAUAUUUUUUUUAACUACAUAGAAACUAAAAAACCCAAUUUCAGGAUUAUCGCGCAAAACUUCAGUUUCACUACCUCAUUUGCAAGUGAAACGUCUAACAUUAAAAAAUAACCAGUAACAAAAAAACGAACGAUACAUACUUUAAGAUUCACUAAAAAGUUGGAUGAAUAUUUUGGUCUAAAAGGUAUUCCUUAUUUCAUGGGUUACACAAUUCGGAUUGUUAUAUUACAUAACAUUUCAUAAAAUACACGUUUAUUAUCCAUCGGCAAAGUUGUAGGUAUUUUUUUUUUUGAGUUUUUUUAUGUUAAUAGGGACCAUCUCUUGAGCCAAAGAGAAACAUGGGCAAACAUUUAAGAUUUUUAGAGAAAAAAAACGAGCUACAAGCAAACAUUGUUUUUGUUUCUUAAUUUAUUUAAAGAUUUAAAAAAUAGGGACCAAAGGUGCCCUUUCCUGAAAAUAUUAGUUUUUCUUUAAGCUGAGAAAAUAUACUAUACCCUCAACUUCAUAUUUGAGAUAAAACCACUCAAAUAUAUAGACACAUUUAAAUAAUUUAAGUUUGAAAGAGUCACUUAAUUUUUAAAUGCCGAUAUCAAUUUGUGAAAUAAAUUUCAAUACAAUGCCGUUAAAGAUCAACAUAAAUGAAACUCGCUUCGCUUCGCUAGGAGACGGUGAUUUUAGCGGAUUGCAUACUGGAUUUCGCCAUGUUAUGUGAUGAUUGUCUUAGCCCAAGUUGCCUAGGAAUUGAUAACUGGGAAAAGAACCAACUCCACCUGAACCAGAUUCUCAACACCAUGACAGCCGUCCAUUGCCGGCCGCUCCCAUCUCCACCGCGCACCAGGGACAAGGAAGGGGAUUUGGAAGACGGGAAGUGUUGAUGCUCCACUUUUUUCAGAGUAUUAAGGGAAAAUCUCCACGGCAUCCUCAAGUAAGCUUCGCUUGGAGUUGGACGGUUUUUGGGAAGGUAUAAGGUCUAGGAUACGCUCUAAGCUAGCGUUGCGACCAAUGGCAUGAUGUGUUUAAUUGUUACUUUUUUUAUUCUCGAGGCAAGCAAUCGUAUGCUGCUGUCGAGACAAUUCCCGUUUAUUUCAAGUGGAGGUUUGUGUUUUAUAAGAGUGAUAAUUUAUUCUCAGGGCAAGCAAUCUGAUGCUGCUGUAGAGACAGUUCCCGUUUAUUUCAAAUGAAGGUUUAUAUUUUAUUAGACUGAAAAUUUACUCUCAAGGCACACAAUCGGAUGGUGCCGUAGAGACUUUUUAAAUUUAGCUGAUGGAUUUUUAAAUUUUGCUUGGGAUUCUUUCUUAGACAGCCGGCUGUGGAAAGAUUGAAUCGUGAUGAAAGAUAAUUAGAUGACAAAUAACAUAUUAAACUCAGAACAUCAGAAGCAUUGAUUGUUUGAGGUGAAUCCCGAUUAGUUUUCAAUGUAUUAAAUACAACAUCAAGAUUAUUGUAGCGCAUAGUCAUGUGUCCUGCAGGAAGCUUAUUUUUGUCAUGUGUAAAAUCAAGUUCGAGAAAGGAAACUAGCGACGCGACGGGUUGUUGCUUCAAUUGUAUUUGUCAUAAAACAUUAAAAAAGAAAGAAAAAAAUAUAUAUGUAUAUUUCUAUUCCGACCGACGCGCAAUCCGUGUUAACUUCUCUCGGCCGUGAAGGACUGAACCGGCGACGUGCUCUCCGAUUCACGAUGAUAAAGGAAAGACUUUACACACACACACUCACACACACACACACACACACACACACACACACACACACACACACACACACACACACACACACACACACACACACACACACACACACACACACACACACACACACACACACACACACACACACACACACACACACACACACACACACACACACACACACACACACACACACACACACACACACACAAUACAUACAAAUUCAUACAUAAAACAACAUAGAACGUGCUCACCGGAGUUCACCAAGAGAUGCUCCUUGUUGUCGGGUGUCGUCAAGCCCAGCAUCGGCAGCCCAACAUGCUACGCAGUUGCUCUCCUUGCCCGGCUGAUGCUGUAUCCUACACUCCGGGUGACAGACGAGUGUUGCACGUUGACCAACUCGCUUCUUAGUAGGCACAGGGCUGCCGUCGCUCCCUGUCAAACGCACAAACAGAUGCAGUAGCCAAAAUAAGCACCUACAAGGAAGCUGCCUCUCUUCAUGCGGCGAUUGUCCGCAUCCCUCCACAAUGCUUAAACCUGAUUGUUUCACAAACCCCCCUCACUGCACAUCUAUUUCAGCGCUCACAACCAGCACGAGUAAAUUGACAUUUUGUGUCAUCGUCAAAUCGCUUCAAUCGGACGCAACUCACGCACUCUUACGCCUAUAGCAUUAUUUUCCUCACCACCCAAACUCAACCAUACCACAACAUAACCUGACCGCACACUUGUGAUUCAAUUUGCGAUCCGUCUUACAACUUAGUUGUCAUUCUUACACGGAGAGACCGUGCCCAGAAAUUUUAACAAUUAAAAUUGUUGAUUUCACUUUCGUUAAUUUUAACAAAAACGUACUUGUUACUGCCAAUAUUCCGUUAGAAUAACUAAAAUUUAGUAUUAAUUUAAUAACCUGUUUGUUGAAAAUGCUAGAGGCAAAAAGCUAACAGAUUUCCCGAACUCGAAUGAACGUGCUCGACUGUUAGCUUUGGUUUUAGGAAAAUCAAAAAUUUUGUUGGUUGAAUAUAAUUUACAUUUGGUUGAAUAUUUAAAAGAUGAACUUAGGUUUGUUUACGUCUGUCAUUUGAAGUCAGGAUUCGAAUGAGAGCGGUCGAUUUGUUGAGUUUGUGUUGUUAAUUAUGAAGUGAGAGGAUGUGAAAGGUGAAACUUACACUAUUUAGCUAAUGUUGAAGUGGCACAUCAAAGUGUUGCAACUGGGGAGGUGGAAUUGGUGAGUAGGAUUGUUGAUGAUUUCUUUGCAGGUGAUAAACUAUGAAGAGCAAGAGGACGAUUUGCCAUGAGGACCUCCAAUGCGAGUGAGUUGAACAUGUUAGAAGAAUGUUUGAUGGAACGAGAGGGCAAUAGAAGGGAAAUGCGGGCCGACUCUUCACGGAUAGAGCAGCCCGGGCAAAUUUAACAAAAUGUUGGUUAAUCCAAGUAAGUAUGGGUUUAUUUUUGCACAAUAAUUUAUCUAAUGUGAUUCUUAUUAGAAAACUGAAUCAUUAAAAAGCUUCGUGCUUACGACGGAUAAAAACUUAAUGAACCAUUAUUUUUUUUUCCAGAAUCAUCAAUUAUAAAAUACAUAGAAAUGCCAUGUGUAAGCAACAUAAACAACAUAAAAAAUAGAGAUGUAGUAAAAUAUAAAAAAAAUAAAAAAUAUAUAAAAUACAUAAAAGAAGAUAAUUAUUAUCUUGAAAGUUUUGUUGCAAUAAGACUGCUCAAUAAACUGGUAAGUAAAACUCAAAAUAUUUUUUUCAGGAAUCGAAGUACGUUGAAUAAAUUGAAUCAAAUGCAAUGAAAGUUUGUUGCCAAAAGUAAUUGUUAAAUUAAUGCAACUUUGGUAAGUAGCAUUAUUGAUAUUUCUUCUUUCCUCAAUAUAAUUUCAUUUAUUUACGUUCCUUUUUUCAGUUUAUAGCCGAAAUUAAGAAUUUUGUAUUAAAUUACUAAUACAUUUCACAUGUCUAUUUGCAGCAAAAGGUUCACUUUAGUGAAAAUUCUGUUUCCAACCACAAGAAAAAUAACUAAACCUGAGACCAUUGUAGAUGAUGAUGACUUAUCGGAUGAUUUCACAGUGAUGGUAAGUGGAUACAACACUUAAUUUUAUACAACAUAAUAAAAAUAUAAGCUUAAAACUUGGUGAAAAUUUUGCUCGGUUUCUAUUUUUAAGAAAUUUACGAGAAAUUAAACAUCUUUUUUAAAUAUGUUUAACAAAUUUGUAAUUUGCCUUUUCAUUAUUUUUAGUUUAAUGCAACGUAAUUUUUUAAAACAUUAUUCAAACUUUACAUGUUUUAUAACAACAUUAAAAAAAAAGUUUUGUUUUGAUGCUUUUAACAGUAACUUAACAACUUCAUGCAAAAAAAAAAAAAACAAAUUAGUACAAAACGUUAAAUUUUUAGGCAGAAUAAAUGCGAAAAUAAAAACACUCAGCAUUAAUUUGUGAGGCAUUAUUACAAAAUUUACUGCAAAUUCAAUAAAAAUAUCGCUAACAACUGCUAGUUAUUGACUACAUGUACGAAUAUUUUUCUGAAUUCAAGUAAGACAAUAGUUAAAAUAUAGCUAGAAAUUCGGCCCAGCCUAUAUCGUUAGAUAAUUAAAGAAAAUAUAUAUCAACACUUACAUAAAUUAUGUCUAAUUAAGAAAUGUUUUGUUAUAAAAUACUAAUAAUUUGCUGCAUGCAAAAAUAUUUCGGUUGAUACAACGAAAAAAAAUUGUUGAAAAAAAGUUGAAAAACAUUUCCCAACCAGUCUUCAACAGAAUAUUCCACAAUAUUUCAGCUGAAAACAAGAAAUUUUUAGUUCAUUUUCUGAAAAAAAUAUUCUAGCAGUCGACUGCUAGAAUUUUUUUUCGGCCAUUUAACCAACAAAAAUGGCAAUUCCAAGUAUUUUUUUAGUUAAUUUUAAUUAUCGGUGGUCAGCAAUUUCGGGUUAGCAAAAUCAACAAUCGAUUGUUGAAAAAAAGCUGUGUAAAAAAUUAACCCAUACUUUUAGUUAAAUUAACCAAGAUUUUCUUAGAUUUGCCCCGGCCGGUCUCUCCGUGUAGCGAUAUUUCUUUCCACUAUUCCCUUUCCUUCUGUCUGUUUAUGCUCAAUUCUAACACUUGUCUAACACUAACACACUCAACCAAAGUUUCAAUAAUGUUGCACUUUCUUCACUUCUUAUAAUUUCUAAAAGUGGUUAUUGUGCGUCGAAUAACUCGACUAGAACAUUCAAUAAGUUACGCGACAAUUUAAUAUUAUUAAUAUCAACAUUUGUGUAACUUUGGCUCUAUAAUGGUUUGGGAGCUUUCCUGAAACAUGCUUAAAAGCAUCAAAUUCUAAGAGAGCUUUUGUCUACACACACACAAUCUUAUGUAGAGUUUACAGCGGGAGUAAGAGGGAGGGGGAUUUGACAUUUAUGUUGGAGCUUAAUUUCCUUCUAUGUGUCAUAUAAAAGUUCUGCUUCCAUCAUACUUGGUUCGUGUUGCUUUUCCCAAAGAUGUUGGUGAAGUAUCUUUCGUUGAUUCCCUGUCCGUUUAGCCACGCCACUAUCUGGUUGCAGGAAAUCCCUGGUGACGGGAACUGUUUUUUUGGGAGUAUCCUUCACCAGUUGGACGGGGUUCACCCGGGCCGAAAGCCUUCACGGUUCCGGGACAUGGCAUUUCUGCUUCGGCAGGAAGUAGUGGCCUAUAUCCGUUCCAACCCGCAGGAUUACUUUGCAUUCCUGCAACCCUUCGCCGACGACCUGCGGCCAGGUGCUACGGUGCACGACUUCCUUGAUUCCUUAGACCAAGAUGGUGUUUGGGCGGGGAGGAAUCGAUUGUAGCUGUUUGUCGGAAAUUUUCUAUAAAUGUUCAGGUUUGGGAUCGGUCCCGGAAGCGGGUUAUAGAUUACCCGAGUGACAGAGCUACCCCUAUCGGAACUAUUCGCUUGGCUUUUACCGGGAAUCACUACGACAGUGUGAUCGGCGAGGGCGGUGCGUUUCCUCCUACUCAAGUUUGGACUGGUAAGUAAUAUCAAAACUCAGCGAGCGUUACCAUCUGAUGACCUUUCCUGGAACUCUUCAGGUGUGCGAUCAUCCUUUUCCGCCUCUCGAGUCUCUUCAUUACCUUCAGUCCAGCCCGCCAAUCACGGUCAUGUAGCAGGGACGUCUGUGACUGCCCCUGAUUCCUGUUCUCAGGACGUCAUCCUGCCAUCGUCGCACUCAGGAUCCUGUUUGAUGGCCACUUCUGUGGUUCAAACAGCACCACCUACUACCGUUGAGGUGUCGCUCUCUUCUUGUACCACUGGUGAUUCCUUGCGGCCGCGCCAAAGCCAGCGAUGCCCUCGCGUGAAGAUCCAACCUGCUUCAGAUCCCGGAGAAGUACAAUCCGCCUAUCCGCUCGCUACCGUCAGCGGCAACCACUCCUCUCAACACUGUACCGUAGCCACGAAGCCCGCUCGUCUCGAUGCACAGUCACCUGCUGCUUCUCCUGCAACCCUCCUGCCAAACACCAAACCAGUCUGGACUCUCCAGGGAACCAACCGAUCGACGCCGAAAGAAAUUCCCGGUGUCUGCAUAGCCGCUUCCAGUUCACACCAUCCCGUGGAUGCGUCUGAUUCACGUCGCAGAACUCCCAGUGAUGCCGUCGUAUCUGCUGAGAACGCUGGGGUGCUGCAAUGUCAUUCUUCCUCAAUCGCAGGUAUUUAACUUUAAUAUGUCAUUGUAGGCCACGAAGUCGUAUCCACCCGCCAAGCGUCCCCGGUUAGACCGACCCCGCAGUCAUCCAGAGAGCCUUCCAAAAUCCCCUGUGGAAGACCAUCACAGUUCCGAUCUCGAGAGGUCCACACCUUUGGCUCAAAGUGUCCCUAUCCAGCCAAAGGAUGUGUGUACAGCACUCCGGAUGGCUUCCUGGAACGUAUCCGGGUGUCGGAAGAGAGAGAAGCGCGUAGAGAUCGACGAGUGUCUUCAUGGAUAUGAUGUGGCCGUUGCAUUCCUUCAGGAAGCUAACAUAGAUUCCCAACGCAGUGAGACCCGCAAUUAUAUCUGGUAUACAGGCAGCACUCGGAUUAACCGGAAGCGGAACCUGGCCAUUUUGUGCUCUCGAUGGUACAACGUGCAGAUAUCGGGAAUCAUAGCAAUUGGUCCUCAUGCUGUGAGUGCAACUUUGCGAUAUACUGUAGAUCUCGUUUCGCGCCAAAUGACGGUUUUGAACGUUCACGCACCGAACAAAGGCACUUCCACCUACCUGGGACGUUUGGGCUCGUUUAUCACUGGCUGCGGAAGCAAACGUAGUUUGAUAAUUGCUGGUGACUUUAACAGCCAUCUAGCCUACGAGGAUGCGACAGAGUCAGAGUGAGGUCUUCUCGGCAAGAUUACCUGUCACCAGGAGACUAACGAGAGUGGAGUACAGCUUCGGUACUUCCUGAUGCGACACGGCUUAUCUGUUCGUAGUAUGCAGAUGGACCGAUCCAUGGCGUGGACGUGGACCAACGGUCUUCGCUGCUCCCAGUUGGAUCAUGUCCUUCUACCUAAGGACUCCAAACUGUACGUGCGACGAAUCCGCGGUAUAAAAGUGUCGACUCCGCGUACUGACCACAAACUAAUAACCUGGAGCGUGGUCCAGAACAGAAGCCCGCGCAACAUUUCUCAUACCAAGCGGUAUCAUCCUCGGUCUAUCUAUCCACCGGGUGAGGCCCCAGCCCUGCAGAAGCCGACCAUUCAGGAGACUUAUCACCAUGAGUUGAAGAAGCGUUUGCCUUGCACGCCUCAGCCGGAUAUUAACCUUACUUGGGAUAAGUUAGCGCAAAAGACGAAGCAGGCUGCAUCAGUAUCGCUGAAGAAGUGUUCUGUUAUUCCUCACGACAAGGGUUGUCGUCAACUUGCAGCGAAGGUGGCCAAAGCUCGGUUCUGGAUGUCGUGGAAACCCUCGAACAGGAUCGCUGAGAGGCUCUCCGCCGCCAGUUCAGAGCUGCAAGCUGCUCUGAAGCGCCAGGAUGAGCAAGCAUGGACUGAAUUCUUCCGUGAUGUAGGAAAACUUCCACUGGGUGUUCGGAUCAGGCGCACACAACAGUGCUUCAAGAAGCACAAGCGCCAACAAGGCCGGCUAGUGCAGUAUUCAAGUGUCCCAAUUGAUGCCUGGAAGUGUAGUAGCGACGCAGAUGGGUUGCCCUCCCUUAUUGAAGAGGUUGACGGGGUUGCUCUCCCUCAAGGACCUACAGUUGAAGACUUGUGCCGCAUACUUGCCAAGAUGGGAAAUGGCAAGUCACCUGGCCAGGAUAGAUUGCCCGCUGAGUAUUUCAAGUACGCCGACGAAAGUACGCUUCAGGAGUUGUUGCAGGUAAUCAAAUCUGUUUGGGACACCAACUGCAUGCCUGCUGCUUGGAAGCACACCGCUGUAGUUCCCAUCCCCAAAGUAUCCAAGCCAACUUCCGCUGCCCACUAUCGUCGGAUUUCGCUGCUGAGCACCGGGUAUAAAAUAUAUGCAAUGUGGGUUUUGGAGCAUCUGCAGCGGUACGUUGGCGAGAUCGGUUCCCACCAAGCAGCAUUCUUGCCCGGCCGGUCCACCACAGAUCACCUAUUCGUCACCCAGCGCGUUCUCCAGGAAAAGUGGAACGAGGGAACCGUCCUCUAUAUUAUGUCCCUGGACUUGGAGAAAGCAUUCGACCGCGUUAACUUGAAGUGUCUACCCGCCAUACUCAAAGGUACAAAGUAACUAUUUCUGUAUAAUACAGCCUAAUGAGUUUGUUUUUUCCAGACAAAGGGGUUCCACACUGUGUAAUUAACCGCGUGGUCGCGUGUCUUCGGGGUGACAUCGAGCAGACCAUUUUCCAGGGGGAGACCUCGCAUCCGGAACCGCGACUUGGUGGAGUAAGGCAGGGAUGUCCGAUCAGUCCUUUCGCCUUCGACCUUAUCAUUGAGGCAGUUAUGAUCAGCGUCGAGGAGGAGUUGGGCAUUUUUGUCCUGAACCAGAAAAACCGCUUGUCAUUGCCCUUGGUGCUCGUCUACGCCGAUGAUGUGCUAAUCCUGACUGAAGAUGUCGUUUCGCUGGAAAAGAUCGUUGCCUGCAUGGAGUCCUACCUCGAAACCGUUGGAUUGAACCUUAAUAGAGAUAAGUGUCAGUUGCUUGUUCGCGAUCCGAUGGGCCCUUCCGUGAAAACCGUUACGCUGUUGGGGGUAGACUACGACGUGCAGAAGUCCAUGAAGUAUCUGGGAAUAUCCCUGACUAACCGUUUAAAUCGACCUCUCACUACACGGAUGCGAUGCCGGAACACUAUACGAGCUUCUAAAGCGGUGGUGGACUUUGUACAACAACACCAGCCCACUUGGGAACUCGGGCGCCUAAUUUAUGAAACCGUUCUGGCGCCGGCAAUGUUGUACGGAACUGAAACUUCUGUCUUAACUCGUCAGAGCCGUACCUCGUUGCGAAAUUACGAACGGCAGAUAGUGCGCGAAAUUGCUCCCCAUUGUGUCCAUGCUGAGGGCCAUUCACCAGAAGAACCUAUCAAUGAUUUGCUGCAAAACAGGACUGUCACCCGAAAAGCCUGUGCUCGUCAGAUGCGGUGGUUUGGUCACGCCAAACGUCGUCCAGAAGACCAUCCCGUAAAAGCCGCCACAAAAUUUUUUGCUCAGAAGCUCCGACCUUGCAGACCCGCGUUUACCUGGUGGGACAUGGUGAUUGCAAAUAUGAAACGGUACACUGAAGAUAAAAAUUACGACCAAAAUGUGUCGAUGGUACACAUUGGAUGGUUCAACCGCGUUGUUUUGAAAUCGAUGUGUCGAUUCUACACAUCGCGCUGGUUUUGGCUCAAAAAUCCAUCCAAUGUGUAAUUUUUUUUUGCGACUGUUGCACAAAGUUGCCGCCAGGCGCGCGCAGAACGUGAGCUGUCAAACUGUUUGAGUUUUUUCCGCAUCUUGGUUCAACUUUUCGGAUUCGUCCGGGAUGAAAAAAACGUGUUCCUUCCCAGCGGAUCCGACUUGGUUCCUGGACAGUUACUUUUCGGACCAGACACUCGGACAAUCUCACAGUAUUCUUAAGGUAAGCUUUAAUCCCAACAUUUUUGAGUCUGUUUUGAUUCUGAUGUUUUUUUUAGGUUAAGACUUUUCAAGUGUCUAGUUUGAGUGCAGCUGCUUCUCCUACUAGCGCAGGUUCUCUGAACCUGUUGAAGAGCAAACAGGGCGUGGAAAAAAGUUGGUCCUGUCGCGAAUCGGCUGCAGCAGCGCAUUCUGGACCAGUUCCCACCGACUCUCCAACGUGCUACUUCCGUCCUUCUGCUCCACCGGGUACUGACUCCGGUGCGAGCAGGGCAGUCGCACGUGGUUCGCGUCCCACUUGGAGUAGGAGCGCCGCGGCGCCGGAGGUUGCGGGUCGUCCGGAUCCCACGACAAAUUGUACAGCGCAGUGUGAUCGUUGGAGGGUCGCACCUCCGGGAAGUGCCGCAGCUCGAACCGGUCCAGCCCACGGUAGACGAUGUCCAUUGGAACGUCGCGCCACGGCCGGUGGUCAACACCGUCCGGAUCAAGCGGUGAGUCAUCUGCGAGGUUAGGACUUUUCAAGUGUCUAGUUUGAGUGCAGCUGCUUCUCCUACUAGCGCAGGUUCUCUGAACCAGGGGCGUGGAAAAAAGUUGGUCCAAGCCCCUUCUCCCUGCAUGAAAACGUUUCGAUUGUCUCUCGUCAUGGCAUCAUCAUAGCUGCAGGAGUACUCAACAUCUUACUGGAGUGGACCAGUAGAUUCCUUUCGCCAAAAACAAACUCCCAGCUUCGACCUUCGCCAAAAUGUCCGACCACAAUCCACCCUACGGGCGGCUCGGCCAGCCGAACUCGACCUGGAACCCGCUACAAGUGCCUGCGUAAUCCACGACAGCCCCAGCUGGCGCACAAGUCGAGCGACCGGUCGAUGGCGAGGUCACCGCUUACGUGGCACACCCUGCCCAACCCCCAGGACCAGCUGUACAACUUCAUGUCCGCAAACCACAAGUAGAAUCUUGACAUCAACCAAUGCUGCAAACGUUUGGUCGUAAUUCCGGCAAGCCGCUGAGUUCGGUCGAUCAAUCGCGGAACGUAGUCACGCUUUCUUCUAGACGCUGAACAACUCAACGUCAAUGACUGCGACCAACAAUUUGUGUCCAAGCAACAACAAGUUCGAGGGCGCGGUCCUGCCACCGACCCCACCGGAACAAUCCUCGCAGAGAGCGGUUAAAGCCAGCAACGAGUCGAAUGUGCAAGUUGAUCCGGCCGCCCGCGAGCUAAUGGAAUGAAGCGUCCACUCCAUCUUCCGCAUUCCGACGACCGCCAAGCAAUCGUCCCGGUCGCCGCAGGACGUCACCUCAUCGACGCAGCACGACAACGAGCAGCAGUUCUACCAAGAAAAUGAGACCCGGAACCGCAAUGAUGAACCCGAGCCGUUCUUCGACUCGGUCUCGAUGGUGUACCAUGUGACCAGGAAGCGCGGUCGGAUCAAUAAGGUUGGGGAAGCGCACUGCGAGAUCUUCUCCGUUGACACGGGUCAACACGGGUUGGUGUUGCCCUGGCAGGACAUUUGCUACUUGAUGCAGGCGCUGUGCAUCGGGCCGGCCUUGUAGGUUGAUGCACGUGCGACCGUUCAAGCAGCACGGCUACCGGUGGUCGGACGAAGCCAAGCGGUACUUUAACCGGACGGCCAGCGUGUCGUACGUGUCUGAGGCGUUUGUCGGGGACCGACUGCCGGAGGGGACCUCCUACGAGAUUGUGAAGCGGCACGACAUUUGUGUCAACGGGUCGAUGGUGAAGGAGAGAUUCGCCAAGUCGAGUGGUUCCGAAUCGGCGGUCGUCGAGCGCAUCAAGGAGGUCAUUCUGGAGGAUGAUGGUGAGGGUGUGAUUUUGAGGGUGGAGACGACCGAGCAUAAGUCGGUUGAGGAAGCAGGGACUCGAACGCUUGGCAGUCGUAGUGCGACUUCGGAAGGCCAGCAGCGGACCAAGUCACGGCUAGCGGUGUAGAUUCUGCAGUUGGGAACGUGGUGGACAAGGAGUCGGGUGACAAGACGGACUGGAAGAAGGGCGAGUACUGUUUGGUGUUUCCGGCGAAGCGACCGGACGAGAAUGGGCACAUUGCGUGUGAGAACUACCGGGCGCAGGUCAUUGACGAUUUCGACGGCAGCACGUUCACCGUGUUCCUGAUCGACUAGGCCAGUUCCAUCCGGCCGUCAUUGGGUGCUUCCUGGCGUGCGUUGGCCCCAUUGGAAAUUAACAGACGUGGAGUUCGUCGGUCAUUGACGAGUUCAAGGUGACGUGCGGCAAGUUCAAGCGGACAACGAAACAUGCAUGGCCAAGUUCCACCAGGACAACAAGUUCUACCGCGCGAUCGUCCGCAAAGCCAUCAGCUGUCGUCCCCAUCCAGAUGAAUCUAACUUAGUUGUCCGGAACCAAACCAGGUGUUCGACUUUCUCGACCCAACAGUACCGACUACGACACCCGGAGCCAUGCUGCCGUGGGCUGCGGAUGUGCGGCCAGUACAGUAGAUUCCUUCCGCGUUAAAUGGCCGUCCCCACCAGAAUCUGCACUGUGCCUUCAGCAAACCAUCCGGCGACAAACCAGCUGGCUGAACUUAGAAAGCGUAGUGGACGAGUGCGUCUCAUGAUUUGUUAAAAUUUGUAUCACAAAUAUUAUUCUAAAUAAACGUUUUAAAAUUUAAUCUUUUUUUAUGAAAACUAAAGAAAACAAGUUUUGUCUAUUCAACAACAGGUGGCAGCACAAUAUUCCCGCUAUCCAAGAGCUUUUCAUUUUUGCCACCAGGGGGCUACUGCCGAAUCAAAAUUUACACAUUGGAUGCGUUUCUGCCCAGAAUCCAGCCAAUGUGUUCCGGGCUGUUUACACGGCGUGAUGGUUCAAGCGUGGUCUUGUGCGAAAAUGGUUGGAUUCUACACUUUUUGGUGUAAUUCUUAUCUUCAGUGUAUGGUAACACAACGUAUCGAGGGUGGGAAAUGUUGGCACAAGACAAGGAUCAGUUUAAUUCUAAGACCGAUGAAAUUUACUUGAUCCCGGAAUCGUCCGAAGGAUCCGAUAUAGAUAUUGAUAACAUUUAAAAGUGAUCUCUAAAUAAAAUCAGUCUCCUGUAACAGAAUGCAACGGUUAGCAAUAUUAUACAUCCGUUUAAUUACAACCAAUUUCUUCAUAUCUAGAAUGUUUCCGAUUGUCAAAUGGGUUGUUUAUGUUUUGUAGAUUGCUGAUGAGAUCAUCGUGUUUCACUUCCUUCACUGACGUAAGCAAUGUAAGCUUUUCCUUUUCCUUCUGGAUGACAGCAUGCCGCCCGACUAUCACCAGCACAAACACAUUUUGUCAAGCAGCAGAAGGGUCUUUUCUUAUCACUUUCACUCGCUCUUAAAAUUUCCCAUAAUUUCCCUGACUGCGCCCCAUCUUCUCAACCCAACACAUCAUCAGCCUUUAGCACAUUUCCCUUACGCCCCCUACCCCCUUCGGUACAUUCCACCAAAAACCCCCGCAUAGCUUUUGACACUUCAAAAGUUCACCGUAUUUUCGAAAAGUUCACGCGAAAGCUUUGAUUCGAACGCCUCGUAGAAAGAUUCAGGCUGGUUGACACUACGAAGGAACAGCGUGAAACCGAACCUCUUUUCCUCUUCCGAAAGCUUGAAGAGCAAAACAAAAACAAAAUUCAACUCAGAAAACAACCAGCUUAAAAUGCAGUUUUUAAGCGAAAUUUCCGCUUUUACAGCUGUAUUCUACAAUUUUUCAAUUCUACUGUUCGUGUACAACGGUCUACUGCCCUAUAUAAAACCAAUAAAUAAUCUAACACUGUUUAAUCUGCGAAAAACUACGGAGCACCACGACGACCGAACCGACCCGAACUUCUCAAAGAUCAACAUAAAUGAAACUGCUUUAAAAGAUGGAACGGUAUUUUCAACUCGCUAGUUCUCGGGCAUAACUCAACCAACCGGGACAUUUUUUUUGAGUGUAUUAAAAGGAUGUCUAGAUGAUCCUUAAACUUUGCAGAACUCGAUUUGAUCAAAUCUGUAAUUUAUGCAAUCAAAAACGUCGUUCCAACUUUUGUUUGCGCUAGUAAAAAAAUCGCCCGAAAAUCCGCGGAGACAAGCCCGAAAACCUGAGAGUUGAAGUUACCGUUCCAACGUUUUAGGGAGGCUUGGG